UGGUCCCCUGUGGAGAGCUCCUUGCACGUGGAGGCGGUGUGCUCGUUUCGGCUUGCCAUUGUGGAACACCAUGCCGACACCGGAGGCGCAGAGGAGACCAUCGAGAUCGAAGUGGAGUGCGAGUUCUCUGUCACCUAUGCCCACAGGCGUCUUGUCCUUGUCGCUCGUGGAUGCAACGACCUCGCCAUGAAGUGGUUGGGCACCCGAUCGCCGACGGACAAGCAAACCAUCUUUCACCAGUUCUGCGUGCCGGACACCCAACUCUCACAGUUCCAG